CUAUUUGGAAAGUUAUGCAUGAAUAUUUGUAUGGGAAAUAUAUAUAAUGUUAUGUUUAAAAUCUCUCGUUGUGGAGUUGGAGCAUGUUCUCGUGCUUGCGUGGGUUUUCUCCAGGCUCCAUCAUACCAUCAUACCCACGACACCGCAUCCGUAAAAAAACGGAUGGAUGGAUCGUGAAAUGAUGUCGUUAUUACACAUGACUGAAAUAAUGGCCUCUGCUCUAAAAUACGCCGUGCUGCAAUUAGUCACCGGAUGCUCCGGAUGCUUGAAUUCAAUUAGUACUGGCUGAUUAUCUUUUCUGGUACCACCAUGGGUCCGGUGCCAUGCGGUGAAGUUCAUGGCUGGCGAGGCGCCGACUCCUUAGGAGGGUAUUUUUAUGUUUACACAGGUUGUUCAUUAAGUGGAUAACAAGAAAAACAAGAUAAUAAUUCACUUUUGGUCAAAAGGUCCGACUAAAACCAAAAACAGACUCUAAUCCAGGGGUCUCAAACUCGCGGCCCGUGGGCCAAAUGCGGCCCGUGAGACGCUAGUUUGUGGUCCCCCACCUUGAUACCAAAGUUUAAUGUUGAAAUGACAGCUUAAAGCUGUGUGCACACCGGACACAAUUAACAUGAUUUUGCCCCGCCCAUACUGUUACCCUACCCUGUUACCCCGCCCUGUUUUGCUUUGGAUUAGCAAAGAAGCUAAAGGCUUAUGACGCUGGGUACAAAUAAAUGCAGGAAAUGAUUUGGAAUAAAACGGAAAAUAAACGUCAAGAUAAAGCAUCUCAUCAAACAUGUGGUUUCUUACGUUUUUCUUAUUUGCUGUUUUAUUAUUAUUUUACUUAUUACUGAUUGAUUGAUUUAUGUCUUUAUUCUUAAUUUGUUUAUUUAUUUUUUAUCUUAUUUUGUGUAUAGAAAAAUAAAAAUUAAGAUAUUUUUUAGAACAGUGGAAUGUUUUAUCAGAUAUUUUGGUGUGGAAAACCGGAACCAAAGUACUGAAAAAGUGUUUUUUUAAAACCUGAUGCGGCCCGGCUUCACCCAGAACCUAGCUCCGGUGGCCCCCGGGUAAAUUGAGUUUGAGACCCCUGCUCUAAUCCAUUCCGACACCAAACCAUUUUAACACAAAACACAUUGUAUAGACAUGCAGAUGGUACUUAUUGUUGAUGAGGACUUCCUGUACCAGACAUCCUGAGGAGAUUGGCAACUCAGACGCCAUCUUCAACUUCAAAAUUGUUUAGCCACUUGAUUCUGGAUGCCUUAAUUGUACGUGCCUUACUGGCUGCUGAUUUUGUCUUGGCCACGUGCUCCAAGAUGGCUAAACAAACCAAGCAUAAAUACAACGCGCCAUAUUUCAUGCUAACCAGGCAGGCCAAUGCAAACCAAGGCAAAAUUUUAGCAUACAUUUUGAAUGUUAACCAAAAAACUAAGCAAGUUUAUGUAUAUUUUCUAAACAUAUUACUCUGUCCUUCUCCAGGAAAAGUUCUGCUACUUUGUUGUAAAAGUUUUCUGUUGAGCUUGGAUAUGAAAUCUGCCAUUUUGACAGUCAAUUCAUUAAUUCAGUGGAGUAUAAAUAUAUAUUUCAUGCAUUUCACUUAAUGUGUGACAUACAUUUGAGCUGCAUGGGGCUGGCUUUUCCUCUCUAUGGAAGGACAGUAACAACUUGCACUUUAUAGCUGCUCCUUCACGGAAAGUUGGGGUACUAGAGUACCAAUCACUAUGUUUCAAACAAUUGUUACUUUAUCCACUGACUUCAAAUCCUAAUGACCUCCAGAUAUAAAUCAUGUAUGGGAUUAAAGUCGCUUGAAUUCAUGGUGGCAACUUUUUAGUGUUCAAAUACCCUGUAGAGUUCCAACACUUUGCUUUGUCCUGUCAAGGGCGAGUUGAUAAAACAGAAAACUAAGAUAGCGUUAAUGGAACAAACCGAAGCGACUGCCUUUUUUUUUCCCACCGCCAGACGGUUGUUUGUCUGCACCAUCAUGCUGGCGGCGAAGCUGGCAAGAAGGUGGGCCGACACCACACGGAUCCACAUUCUCAUGACAUUCUCAUGCAAGUCAAUUACAGUGCUGUCAUUGUCAGCGCCUUAGAGGGAUAAUCCGCCCAGAGAUAGGUCUGCAUUGUCGCUAUAACCACAUGCUCACGGAGCUCACUCUGCAUUUGUGGAGUAGAUGUACACUUUUCACACAAUUUCAGCUGCUUUUCAUUUUCUUGGUAUUUUUUUUUUUGCGAGUGCUACAACUGGGAGAAUCAAUUAGCGUAUCAGGAACACAAAAUACUAGAGAUUUGUACUUCUUACUUUACACACACACAUAGAGAGAAGUUCUCCCAGGUCAGCUCAACUGCUCCUGAAGGUCCCAAAAAACACAUUAGGCAGGGGUGUGCGGCCCGGGGGCCAUUUGCAGACCACGGCAUAUUUUAAAAAUGUUAACGAACAAGAGUCGCUAUAUUUUGAGAAACAAGCAAAACAAAUUAAGGUUAAGGUUGGAAAAUUAGAUUGUGAAAAAAUUUACAAUACACUCCAAAGUGGUUUAAAAAUAAUAAAUUUACAAGAAAGUUAAAAUGCAUUUUAAAAUGGCUAAAAGAAAAUGAAUAAAAAGCAGAAAUUACAUAACUUAAAUAUUAUAAACCAAAAUGUCAUUUGCUGGGUUGAAUAUGUUCGAUGUUUUUAGGUUCUGUUAUGUCUAUUUCAGAUCACUAAAAACUACAUGUUACAGCAUAGAAGUAUAGCUUCUGCAUAAAUAUUUUUCACCAGUAGAUGGCGUGCUGACGUUUUUUCAAAUUCCCCUUUCUUGCUCUUUUAGCAUCACGUGACCGGAAGUGCUUCGUCAAAACAACAGGCGCCAUCUUGCUGUAGAUAGUAGCUAGUUUUUGUUAUGUUUUGUACUGUUUUUAGCUGACUCUGGCAAUUCGUGUCUCCGCUUCCACCAUGGCGGGUCCUCUGCUGGAAUUUGAGACCGAAAUGUUCCUGAGUUUGUUGGGCAGCGACGGACUGCUAGUGGUGGCGGAAGGGAUGGGAAUAGACCGCAUCCUGCUGCAGUUCAUGCGGGUGUACUCGGAGCAGGGCAGCCUGGUUCUGCUGCUCAACACAACCACACCUGAACAGGAAUACUUCACGGAGCAGCUGCGAGUAGAAGGAGUGAGCCACUUGCCCAGGACCGUUACCAGCGAGGUCCAAAGUAGCGAACGAUACAACGUUUACACCGAUGGAGGCGUACUGUUUGUCACCAGUAGAAUCCUGGUGGUCGACUUCCUGACAGACCGUAUCCCUGCCCAUCUUAUAUCCGGCAUCCUGGUGUACCGCGCUCACAAAAUCAUUGAGUCCUGUCAGGAAGCGUUCAUCCUGCGCCUAUUCCGACAGAAGAACAAGACAGGUUUUAUCAAAGCCUUCACUGACAAAGCCACUGCCUUUUCCUCGGGGUUCUGCCAAGUGGAGCGUGUGAUGAGGAACCUCUUUGUCAAAAAGCUCUACCUCUGGCCCAGGUUUCAAGCUUCAGUAAACACAUCACUAGACAGACACAAGCCAGAUGUGGUGGAGCUCCAUGUGUCACUGACGCCGACGAUGAGGGCCAUCCAGAGCUCCAUCCUGGACAUAAUGAGCGCUUGUCUGAAGGAGCUGAAACGCUACAACCCCACCCUGGAGGCUGAGGAUCUCUCCUUGGAGAACACGCUGAGCAAUGCCUUUGACAAGACCAUCCGCCAUUACUUGGACCCCUUGUGGCACCAGCUGGGAUCAAAGACAAAGGCACUGGUUCAGGAUCUGAAAAUACUCAGGGUUCUGCUGCUCUACCUCACCCAGUACGAUUGUGUCACGUUCCUCAACUUGCUCGAGUCCCUCCGCUCCAGCCAAAAGAACUUUGGCUCCAACUCAGGGUGGCUCUUCCUGGACUCCAGUACUACCAUGUUCAUGAAUGCGAGGAGCCGAGUUUACCGCAUCACAGAAAACAAGAAGAAACUUAAAGUAGGUGCCGAAGCAGAGAAAAAUCAUCCAUCCUCCACCUCAGGUGACGGGGUGAAGCGGGAGCUCGUGCUUGAGAAGAGUCCCAAGUGGGAUGCUCUGACUGAUGUCCUGCAGGAGAUUGAAAAGGAGAACAAGAGCUCUCAGUGUGAACAAGGUCGCGUGCUGAUCUGCGCGAGUGACGACAGGACUUGUGCCCAGCUGCAGCAGUACAUCAGGCAUGGUGCCGAACGCCUCCUGAACAGACUCUACAUCCGCACCAUCGCUAAGCGAGAUCCAUCAGCUCCCUCUGGUUUUGAGCUGACAACACACAAAAAAGGCAACGGCUACCUCAAAGGCGUCUCCAAGGGGAAGGAGCCGAAAAAAAAGGAGCGGAAAAAAAAGGCCACCAAGACCAGGCCAUCCCUGACCUUGACUCAGAUGAUUGGGGAAGAACAGCCGCAUGAACCAGUAGCGAUGGGCAGCAGUGAGGAUGACAUGCCUGUAGAAGACGAAGAAUCAGCAGUUGCAUCGGAAGAAGAGGCUCUGAAGCUCGAUUUGUCAUCUGAUGCUUACUACGCUGUGCUGAAGGAGCCCCUGAUGGUCAUUCACCCCCUGAAGGGCUGCACCGACCCCCACAGCCUGACUCGGGUGCUGCAUGAAGUGGAGCCCACUUUUGUGGUGCUUUAUGAUGCCGAAGUCAGCUUUGUGCGCCAGCUGGAGAUCUACAAAGCCUGUCGGCCUGGAAAACCACUCAGAGUGUAUUUCCUCAUUUAUGGGGGUUCGACGGAAGAACAGAAGUACCUGACUGGGCUGUCCAAGGAGAAGAAAGCCUUUGAACACCUCAUUAGAGAAAAAGCCAAUAUGGUCAUCCCAGAGGAGAGAGAAGGCCGAGAAGAUACCAAUUUGGACCUUGCCAGGAAUUUAGAGCCUGCCAAUGCCACCACUAACACUCGCAAAGCAGGGGGUCAGGACCAGCCCAAAGAGCCCUCGCGGGUCAUUGUAGACAUGCGUGAGUUCCGUAGCGAACUUCCCUCCCUGCUUCAUCGCAGUGGCCUGGACAUUGAGCCCGUCACUUUAGAAGUCGGUGACUACAUCCUGACGCCGGAGAUAUGUGUGGAGCGCAAAAGCGUCAGUGAUCUCAUCGGCUCACUGCAAAGCGGUCGCCUGUAUACCCAGUGCCUCUCCAUGAGCCGCUAUUACAGGAAACCAGUGCUGCUCAUCGAGUUUGAUCCAGCAAAACCCUUUUCCUUAGUAGCCCGGUCCGAUUUCCGCCACGAGAUAUCGUCAAAUGAUGUUUCGUCCAAACUCACCUUACUCACGUUGCAUUUCCCACGCCUUCGCAUUCUGUGGUGUCCCUCCCCGCACGCCACGGCUGAGCUCUUUCUGGAGCUGAAGCGAGGUCGUUCGGAACCAGACGCCGCUGCGGCUCAAGCGGUCACCGCCGAAUCAGACACGGUGGCGGAAUCUGCAGAGCUCUACAACGCCGGGCCUUAUGACUUCCUGCUCAAGAUGCCGGGGGUCAGCACCAAAAACCUUCACGCUCUUAUGAGAAACGCUGACAGCCUGGCUGAUCUAGCCAAACUCAGCCAGGAUAAGCUAGCAGAUAUACUUGGCAAUGCAAACAAUGCUAAGUUACUCUAUGAGUUCCUGCAUAAUGUUGCAGGUGUUCAAGCUCCGGCACACAGGAUCAAAUAAAGGCCAGUCCUUUUUUAUCACAGGAUGAUUUUACAUCUUAUGUAUAUAUUAUAUUAUAUAUAUAUAAAUAUAUAUAAUAUAUAUAUAUAUAUAAUAUAAUAUAUAUAUAUAUUAUAUAUAUAAAGAAUGAUUUUGUCCAAUGGGAGUCAUGGAAGUGAAGUCAUUAUGAAUACAUGUUAUAAAUUUGGUUUAUUUUUAUAUUGAGAAAUUGAUUUAUUCAAAAUAAAUAUGCUAUUUUUUUA